CCACACUCUCUCACAACACCCACCCAUGGCUGACGAAGAGUACCCGCCGACGGUAGCCAACCUCCUUGCGCAGCAGUCGCUGCGGUGGAUCCUUGUGGGCGGCAAGGGCGGGGUGGGCAAGACCACGACCUCGUGCUCACUCGCCCUCCUCCUCUCCAAGCACCGAUCGCGGGUCCUGCUCAUCUCGACGGAUCCGGCACACAACCUCUCGGACGCGUUCCGGACCAAGAUCGGGUCCGAGCCAACGCGGAUCACCGAGACGCUCGAUGCCAUGGAGGUCAAGGCGUCGGUGCCCAAGGACGUGCUCGAGUCUGACGAUGGUGCUGGCCUGCAGGCCAUGCUCGGCAAGUUUGAGUUCCCAGGCGCCGAUGAGCUCUUUGCCAUCUCGCAUGUGAUGAAGCUCGCGGCGUCGAUGGAGUACGACACGGUGGUUCUCGACACGGCGCCGACCGGGCACACGCUGCGGUUCCUGCAGCUGCCCGAGACGAUGGACAACUUCCUCAACACCUUUACCUCGGGGCCGAUGGGCGGAAUGCUCACCCAGCUGAUGGGCGCCAACGGCGAGCACAUGGAGCGCAUCAACGAGAUGAAGACCCACAUCCGUAUGGCCAAGACCCAGUUCACCGACCCGGACCUCACCACCUUUGUCUGCGUCUGCAUUCCGGAGUUCCUCUCGGUCUACGAGACCGAGCGUCUCAUCCAGGAGCUGACCGAGAACGACAUCGACGUCCAGAACAUCGUUGUCAACCAGGUUGUCCGCGACCCGCCUGCGCCGUGCACCCAGUGCGCCGCACGCAUCGCCAUGCAGGGCAAGUACCUCGGCCAGAUUGCAGACCUCUACGACGACUUUCACGUCUCCAUCAUCCCGCUCCUCCAGCGCGAGGUCCGCGGCAUCCCGGACCUCACCGUCUUUGGCUCGCUCCUCCUUCAUCCCGAGUCGACCGAGCCCGUCCUUCCCGAGCAGGAGUAAACGCCGCUCGCCGCAUCAA